CUGAGGUGCUCAUCAAUUAAAAAUACAAAAUGUAUUGUCUUGUAGGUAUCACAAGGCUCAACUGUUCAGUAUGAAGCAGGUAACUUCUCUGCGUCUGCACAAACCGAAGAAAGACCUCUCCCUUCUGGGAAUGAGCACCUGUUACAGUGGACUCAGAGGAACUAUGGGGCUGUUACGUCAUUCACAGAGGUCAAAAUGACCAAACGAAUAGACAUCAAAGUGGGUGAAGAUGAAAAAUUUCCUGCAACAUGCAAAAUAGAAAAGAACUUUAUAUCACUGAAUUAUCUUGCUCACUAUGUGCAACCUCAGUCUGCUGAGGGAUGUAUUAUUAGCCAGAACGAAGACACAACAGUCCACAUAAUUGAGCUGGAUUCUCCAAGCAACUCAUCACAUAGUUCAUUCCAGGUGGACAUAAUCAUUGACAUCAGGCCAUUCAAUCCAGAUGCCAAACUUUCCAAGAGUCUUGUUCUAAUUCUGAAAUGUGAAAAGGCAGUCAACUGGGUUAUCAAGACGCACAAUAUUGCAGGCAAACUGCAUGUUCUGACUCCAAACAGUGUCAGCUUUGACAAAGAUACAGAAAAAUCUCUGUUAACAAGCAAACUGGUGAUUACAAGCAUUCCGUCAACACAGGAGAGUUUAAUCAAGUGGGCUUCUGAUGAAAAUUACCCGGCGAACUUCUACACUCAUGCAUCAGUGGCAAACAAGUUCCAAAUUAAACUCCUUGAUGACAUAGUAGAGAUGAACGAUGAUGACAAGUCAGAUAUUCCCCCAGGAUGGUUAGACUUUCUGAGUUUAAGUGAUUCAGAAGGAAUGGGAGCGUUUAAUCCCACAUCAGAAGAUUUUCGGCACAGGCGUAUAGAAGAUGUGGACAUGGGGGACACACUGAAAGAACCAGAGGAGGCACAAGGGAACAUUAAUGUUGCCUUGUCUGUUAAAUGCGAUGAUACUAAGAUGAUGGCAGCCAUACAAAAAGAAAACCUACAGUUUAACUGUACAAUGCCACAGGAUACUGGGUCCCCCUUUGAUCUUAUCUUUGCUCAUCCUGACGCAGCAAUAAACAAUGUUACAUUUAACAUGGAGCUUUAUAAAACGGAUCUGUUCCUUACACCAUCUCAGAACUAUUUCUCAGUGGCUGAAAAUGGGCAGGUGUAUGUG